CCCCGCCAUAAGCUCCAAAUCCAAUUAAAGCCAUGGUCUCCUCCGGCGCCGCCGACUCGACGCAUGUACUUGUAUUCCCUUUUCCGGCUCCUGGCCAUAUCAUACCCAUGAUUGACCUCAUCCAGCCGUUACUCUCCCGCCGCGUCACCGUCACCGUUCUCCUUGACCCCACUCACCUCCAUCUUCUCGAACCCCUCCUCUCAUCUCACCCUUCUUCUUCCCUCCAAACUCUGCUUCUCUCUCCUCCAGAAGUUCCACCAUCGUCCACUCUGUACAGGCCUGUCGCCACCAAGAACGUCAUGCUCGAACUCUACGAUCCCAUCGUCCAGUGGUUCCGAUCGCACCCUUCGCCGCCGGUGGCCAUCGUUUCCGAUCUCUUCCUGGGUUGGACCCACCGCCUGGCUUGUGACGUCGGGGCAAAACGUGUCGUCUUCUGGUCAAGCGGCGCCGCCUGUGCUUCGAUUUUUAAUUGUCUCUUCCGCGACAAACUGAAGGUCGAUGAUCCCGCCGAUGAAAACUCGGUACUGUCCGUUCCAAGCGUGCCGAAUUCCCACAAAUAUCCCUGGUGGCAAAUAAGUCAUCUCUACCGCUACUUCAAGGAAGGAGACCCAGGUUGGGAAUUGUUCAGGGAAUCCAUGGUGGGCAACGUGGAAUGUUGGGGAGCCGUGAUUAACACUUUCGAUGAGUUCGAGAGAGUUUAUUUCGAUCACUUGAAAAAGGAGAUGGGCCACGAUCGGGUCUGGGCCAUCGGCCCGUUAUUGCCGCCUGGAGAUGACCCGAUUGGGCCCAGCAACCGUGGGGGAUCAAGCUCAGUCCCCAUCCAUGUACUGAUGGGCUGGCUCGACUCCAAGCCAGCCGAUUCGAUCAUCUACGUCUGCUUCGGGAGCCGCUGGACGGUGACAGAUGAGCAAGUGGCUGCCCUCGCCGCCGCGCUGGAGAGUAGCGGGGUGAACUUCAUCUGGUGCGUCAAGGAUGGCGGCACCGGUUUGCCGGACGGGUUUGAAGAUCGUGUAAAGGGAAAAGGUUUUAUAAUAAAGGGGUGGGCCCCACAAGUGGUUAUACUGAAUCACCGGGCGGUGGGGGCAUUUGUGACUCACUGCGGGUGGAACUCGACGUUGGAGGGAGUAGCUGCCGGCGUGUUGAUGCUGACUUGGCCAAUGCGGGCCGACCAGUUCAUUAACGAUAAGUUGCUGGUGGAUGAGCUCGGCGUGGGGGUGAGAUUCUACGAUAUGGGUAACCGAGGUGUGCCAGACUCGACGAUGAUGGCUCGCUUGUUGGCUGAGUCAGUCGGUGGAAGGCGGGGAGCCCGAGUCGCGGAGCUUAGCAAAGCGGCAGCGGGGGCGCUAAUUAAAGGAGGGAGCUCAAGCCGAGAUUUGGAUAAGCUAGUGGAGCAGUUGCAGCAGCUUAAACCAUAGAGAAUUUGGCUUUCUCGAGAUUUUGUGCUGUGGAAAACAGAACAUUAGGGAAUUGUCGCCAUUGUUGAGUGGGGAUCAGCUUUGCUCUCCUUCAUUACGCAACAUCAUUCACUCAAUAAGUGUAAAGUAAAUUUGCACAGACGUUUUUAAAAAUUACAGCAAGGCCACUUGUUAACAGAGUUGGAAAAUUGAUGAUUUUGCCCUUCUUUGUAAACUAUCCUCUCUCUUUUAUCUUGUGGAGAGGCACAAAACCUCCAUAACCGGAAGGGAAAAAUAAGGCCAAAGUCAGAGAAUAAGGAGAAUUUCACUCUACUUGGUGUUAACUAGUAGGAUAAUGCUGUCGAACAACUCUGUUGACAACUCAAUGAAAUUAUAAAUUUACCUUUAGUGUAAAUUACAGAUUCACCCUUACCUAUUCGGAUGCCCCCAUCCCCCAUCUCUCUCUCCGUCUCUCACCUAUCUCACUCUCUCUUUCACUCUGUUUGUCUCUCCGUCUCUCACCUACUCAGAGAAGUCUCUCUGUCCGUUUCUCUCCGUCUCAACCAACUUGCUCACUUUCUCCGUCUUUCACUUAUUUUGCCAAUUGAGUCAUUAUUUUUCAUUUUUUUUCUUUCUAAUUUUUUGUGUCUACCUAUAAUCUUUGUGGACCGUACCAGUCCAAAUCAAGCCUGACCCACUUCAGUUUCAUCUCGGUCCUAUGCCAGUCUGCAAUAGUCAUCAUUACCUCUGCAUGCUGGAUACUUCCGUGCCUACUGCAGAUCCCAUUCUCAUUAAUGAAGAUUUCAUUCACAUUCAAUAAAAGUUCCGUCAGCACCAUGCCAUAGUCAAGAAGCCUCGUCAGUACUGGAUAUCCAGUCUCAUCAUCCUGCAACGCUCGAUACAAGUAUGUAUGUAAGAGAACCUCUAUUCCUUCUAUAUAAGCCUAUUUUAUCAAAAGUUAGAUUAUGUUCUUUUCUAAUCUAGUUAUAUUUUGUCAAUUUAAUCUCUUAUUUAUUUGAGCGUCGAAAUGCUUGCAAGUGUGAAUCACUCCAACCGUAUUAUUUGCAAGAGUCUAUUCCAUAUUCCCGCAAGUUCACAUCCGGCGAUUUCCUUAGGGCCAAAAGGAACACCUUGAUAUUAUAUAUUGUUUAAAUUUUGCAGAAUUGGAUCAUCAUGCGCACUGCACUGGUCAGAGGUACAUCUAUACGGGGUCUAGUGAUGCCUCUGUUUAUAUUAACGAUCUGGUACGCACUCAAGUUUUUCAAUAUAUACUCUUUCUGAAACUUAAAAUAGAGAACAAAAUCCUCCUCAAUUGCCUGUUUCUCAAGCAAGCAUGACUUUUUUGCUUUUUAAAUUUAUUUUCUCAUUGCAAUUUACAAACCACAUGGGAGAGUGACCUUAGCAGCAACGGUAAGAGGUUAUUCUUUUAUGACUAGGAGUAGGAGGUCAUGAUUUUGAGUUGUGAAUAUAAUCUGAAGGGUAAGGCUUGUAUGAAAAUGAGGCUAAGUGGGAGCCUUGUGCCCUGGAGACGCCCUUACACAUUAGUCUUAAUUUAGGCAAUGCAAAAGUCUACGGAAGGUGCUAUAUCUCAAUAUAUUCAUCUUUCUCUUUACCCGGAUUGCUGCCCAUUGUUUGUUAGGUGAGUGGAGGUGAAGUGGCAAAACUCGACCACCACGAAGACAUUGUGAGAGAUUGCAGUUGGCAUCCCAAUGCUCAUUCAUCAGUUCAUCAUGGGAUGGUGUCGUCGCCCGACGGGAGUUUCCCGGGAACGGACAGCCGGCCAAUCCCUCGAGGCCGAUUAGAAGGCAAAAGAGAUAUAUAUUUUUAUUGAAUGCAUUAAUAUUGGUUCUUUGUUUUGCUAAAGAAAUUAAGGGCGACCGGCAAUGCCUCAUAUAUGGUUCUAGUAUAUGUAUUUCGACUGAGCUGUAUAUACGCAUACGGGUGCUUCAGAAUAAUUAGGUUUGCCUUGAGUGAAACAUCAAAUUUAUAUAUA